AAAAAUGAGUGAAGCAGCUUCUCCAAAGAAAAUCGCACCCAAGAAGAAACCUGCUGCAAAGAAGACAGCUGAUCACCCUAAAUAUGUGGACAUGAUCAAGGCUGCUAUCGCUACCCUAAAGGAACGCGGUGGUUCAUCUCGCCAAGCUAUUACAAAAUAUAUUCAUGCAAAUUACAAAGUUGCUGAAAACUCAGAUCAUCAUCUGAAAAUGGCUCUUAAACGAGGAGUAACAUCAGGCGAUUUGAUUCAAACUAAAGGCACUGGUGCUUCUGGAUCAUUCAAGCUAGGUCAGGUAAAAAAAGAAAAACCUAAGAAAAAGGCCGCAGCAAAAAAGCCAACGGCAAAGAAGCCUACUGCAAAGAAAAGUACACUAAAAAAGAAGCCAGCAAAGAAGAGCACGCCAAAGAAAGCAGCAAAGAAGCCUGCCACAAAGAAAGCCUCGGCUAAGAAACCAGCAGCUAAGAAACCCACAAAGAAGCCUGUUGCUAAAAAACCUGCAGCAAAGAAGGUCAAAAAGACUCCCAAAAAGGCAGCAAAGAAGACCGCAAAAAAAUAAUUUGUGUGUAUCUGGCUAUUACAUUAACAAACGGCUAUUUUUAUAGCCACACAUUUACAAAAAAACAUUAUC